CACGGCGAUAAGUCCCAGACGUCAUCAGCGUGCGAGCAGAUAGUGACAGGAAAGAAGGAGAAAUGGCUGCAAGGUUACUGCUCCGCUCUGCGGUUAGAGCCGCGACAACCUGCCGGGCUGCCCCGGUCCCGGCUCUGACCCGCGGCAUGGCUGCCGGAGGGAUUCCCACGGAUGAGGAGCAAGCCACAGGACUGGAGAAGAAAAUCAUGAACGCCAUGAAAGUUGGAACGGAUCCAUACAGCAUGAUGAAGCCAAAAGAGUACGCUGGCUCCAAGGCUGAUCCCCACCUUGUUCCCUCCAUCACAAACAAGAGGAUUGUGGGAUGUGUCUGUGAAGAAGACAACACCGCCGUGGUUUGGUUCUGGCUUCAUGAUGGCGAAGCUCAGCGCUGCCCGUCCUGCGGUUCCCACUACAAACUGGUGCCCCAUGAGCUCCCUCACUAACUUAUAUACAUACCUCUGUUAUUAUUUACCUCUAUUACUCAGCUGUGUGUCUGCACAGUGUCGGCUUCUCUUUGAAAUAUUCCUCUUACCUUCAGAACGAGGUGACGAACGAUCAGACGGCGACGUUUUCAAUCUUCGA